AAGACUAGCCAAAAUGAUUAGUAAGCAACAAAAAUGUGCGAAGCGGUGGAUCCGAGAAGGUCAGAAACCCUAUGUGGGUGCCUAAACUUUACGGCCACAAGACCAUACUUUGUAAACCCAUUAAACCCAUUAAACCCAUUAGACCCAUUAAACCCAUAUGCCUCGUUCCAAUUUCGUACCAAAUUUCUGGCCCAACCUCAAAUGAUCGAGUGAUUGUCUUCGACCACAGUAUUUCAUCAAGUUGUGAAGUACUGUUCAAUAAAGCUGUUGUGAAGAUAGAAGUGAAACCAGAGAGCCAGGAAAUGCCUUCAUCCUCUAGGGACAAUCAAUUGGAUCGAUUUUGUCGUCAAUAUCUUCAACUUCUGCCCAAUCUCGAUUACCCAGAUGAACAAUAUCUUCGAGAUGAAGUCUUUCAGGAAGCCAUAUACUCGAGAUUAUUUGAGGAGAAUGUUUUGGAGUACCCUCCGCCUCAGAGAUACCAACUCAAAACUCUGAAAGAGCUGGCCAGGAGAAUCGAGAACAGUAUUCACGAUUGGGAAGAACAAGUAGGUAUGCAUAAGAUGCAGUUUUUUUUGGUCGAAUCAUAGAUUCUACAUGUACUAGAGCACUUAAUAUCAAUAAGAUUACAUGCCAUUUAUUUUCCAUCUCUGUGUUUUUUCUUUCAAUUUUCUGACAAUGUCUUUCUUUUCUCCAGGGAAUAUCAGAUAAUCUGAUGAGCCAUCUUUCCAUUCUUCUCUCCACCCCCAUGCCAUCAGAAGCCACGGCAGCCCAGCAACAAUCUUAUGUAACUUAUACUCUCUCAUCUCUUCACCCUCCCCCUUCUACUUCUACAUCCCCAACUUCUCAAACUCCAACAAUAACCAUCCUCGAAUCCGCCUCUCUUCUAUCUGGUUCCGGAACCACAGGCCUUCGAACAUGGGAAGCUGCUCUUCACCUCUCAAAUUACAUCUCCCUCAACCCCCAUCUUAUCUCCAAUAAAACAAUACUGGAGCUCGGUUGCGGCACCGGGUUCAUUUCCAUCUUGUGCGCAAAGUAUCUCUCUGCAAAGCAUGUUCUAGCUACUGAUAAAAGCCCCGAAACAUUAACACUGAUGAACACAAAUCUGUUUCUCAACAAUUUGACCGAUGGCAUUACUCCUAUACCUGGUCAAAAUGUGACGAACAAGAUAAGCACAUGCGAACUUACCUGGGGUCACAUGCUUCCAACUGGAGAAUCUGAGACAUUUCCCGACUUCCUGUCAUCAAAAUCCCUGCCAUCCAGCUCAACACUCACCGUUGGAUCAAAGCAGACACCAUUGGACCUUAUUCUUGCCGCCGAUGUAAUUUACUCCCCCGCUGUGAUUCCCUCGUUAAUCGUCACCCUGGAAGAUCUCUUCGAUCUAUACCCAGCCGUCGAAGUAUUGAUCUCAAGUACGAUACGUAAUGCCGACACGUAUGCAAUCUUUGUAGAUAUGCGUAGAAAGAAGCAAUGGGCGAUAGAACGGGUAGAUUUCGGGGUAGCGGAGAGGAGUAAACAGGAGGGACCGUGGUAUGGAGGGUUAGGGGAGGGGACUGAGAUUCUUUGGGUUAGGAAUACUAGUGGGAGGUGCGGGAGUUAGGGAAUGCCAAUAAUACCUGGCAAUUGCAAUGUUUCUUUGUACAUAACGUAGUCAUUGCAAACAAAAUAUAAGUAAUG